AUGUCUGGGGGCUCAGAGAGUGAUGACUCUGUAACAGCUAAUGGGAGGGUUUACAUUCCUGAAGUAAGAAAUGAGGAAACACCAGCAGUUGGGAUGAAGUUCGACUCGCUUGACCUCGUUUAUAAUUUCUAUAAUAGAUAUGCAUUCUUGGCUGGCUUUGGUAUUCGACUUCAUUCCAGCUUUUGGGGGAAAAAUAAGAAAGAGAUUCUGAGAAAAGAAUUUGUAUGUUGCAAACAAGGUGCAUACCGGAAUGAUGAAACUCGGGAGAGAAAAAGACAGCGGGGAAUAAGUAGAUGCAAUUGCAAAGCUAAGAUUGUGGUUGUGAAGACACAUGGGAGCAAGAAGUAUACCAUCUCUCUUUUUGCAGAGGGACACAAUCAUAAGAUGACACCCUCAGGAAGAAUGCAUUUACUGAGAUCACACCGUCGUAUUUCAGAUUCUACAAAAGUACUUACAAAACAGUUGGGUUCGGUUAAUAUUCCCAUUAAUCAGAAGGUAAGUAUUUUCGAGGUGCAAUCCGGAGGAAUGGAUAAAAUCGGUUUUAUCAAAAAGGAUAUGUACAAUCUUGAAUGUAGUGUGAAUGAGAAGCUGAGGAACCACGAUGUUGAACUAGUGACCGAGUAUUUUAUGGCUGAACAGAAAAAAAAUGAGGCUUUUUAUUUCAAGAUUGAGGGAGAUGGCGAUAACAGGUUUAGUCGAUGUUUUUGGGCAGAUGCAACUUCUAGACGGGCGUACGGGUUUUAUGGAGAUGUUGUUGUAUUCGAUACCACAUUCAACACGAAUAGAUACGACUUGACAUUUGCACCAAUGUUGGGAGUUAAUAACCAUGGUCAAACAAUUGUCCUAGCAUGCGCAUUUUUGAGCAAGGAAACGACUGAGUCGUUUAUUUGGAUGUUUGAGGAGUUUAAGAAAGCCAUGCCAGGUGGCGAACCUAAAACGAUCAUCACAGAUCAAGAUGCGGCAAUGAGCAGAGCGAUUUCAAUAGCCUUCCCGACUACAUUUCAUCGACUUUGCAUAUGGCACAUCACAUCAAAGUUCUCUGUUAAGUUACCACAUUCUGCUUAUAAGGAGUAUUGGGGUGAAUUCCAGAAAGCCAUAUGGGAUACUGACAAUAAGGAUGAGUUUGAUGCAAAAUGGAAUAUUGUGGUUACAAAGGCUGGUUUGACUGACCAUCCAUGGGCUAAGUUCAAUGUUUGA